AUGGCGGAGCCAGGCCGGGCCAGCCUGAAGGAGCAGAGAUACGACCGGCAGCUCAGGUUGUGGGGUGACCAUGGACAAGAAGCUUUAGAAUCUGCCCAUGUUUGUGUGAUAAAUGCAACAGCGACAGGAACUGAAAUACUGAAAAACUUGGUGCUGCCAGGUAAUCUUGUUUUUCCCCCCCUCCAAGGUAUUGGUUCAUUUACGAUCGUCGAUGGGAAUCGGGUCUCUGGAGAAGAUGUUGGCCACAACUUCUUUCUACAAAAAAGCCACAUUGGUCAGAACCGUGCCCAGAGUGCCACUGAGCUCUUGCAAGAAUUGAACAAUGAUGUUUCUGGAAACUUUGUUGAAGAGAGUCCAGAACAACUUCUAGACAAUGACCCUUCGUUUUUCAAUCGAUUUAACUUGGUGGUUGCAACGCAGCUACCAGAAAGUACAUUGCUGCGCCUGGCUGAGCUGCUCUGGAAUUCUAACAUUCCUCUGCUGGUCUGCAGGACAUAUGGACUGGUUGGGUACAUGAGAGUCGUUAUUAAAGAACAUACAGUUGUUGAAUCUCAUCCUGACAAUACAUUAGAAGAUCUGAGGCUGGACAAACCGUUUCUGGAGCUGAGGGAGCACAUUCAGACUUAUGACUUGGAUCAUAUGGACAAAAAGGACCACAGCCACACUCCAUGGAUUGUGAUUGUAGCCAAGUAUCUAACAAAAUGGCUCAAUGAGAAAAGUGAUCAAUUACCUAAGAGUUACAAAGAAAAGGAAGCCUUCAGACAGCUGAUUCGACAAGGUAUCUUAAAGAAUGAAAAUGGGACCCCAGAAGAUGAGGAAAACUUUGAAGAAGCUAUAAAAAAUGUGAACACAGCAUUAAAUACCACAGAGAUUCCAAGAUGCAUUGAAGAUAUUUUUAAUGAUGAUUGCUGCGUGAAUCUCACAGAGCAGUCACCCUCCUUCUGGAUUUUGGCUCGAGCUGUAAAGGAAUUUGUGGCAAAUGAGGGCCAAGGAAGCUUGCCUGUUCGAGGCACCAUUCCUGAUAUGAUAGCAGAUUCCAGUAAAUUUAUCAAAUUGCAAAACGUAUACCGUGAGAAAGCAAAGAAGGAUAUUGUUGCUGUGGGGAACCAUGCUGCCAAGCUGUUACAGUCCCUGGGCAAGGCACCAGAAUCUAUUUCAGAGAGAGAAUUAAAAUUGCUUUGCAGCAACUCAGCUUUUCUCCGAGUAGUACGAUGUAGGUCUCUGUCAGAAGAAUAUGGUUUAAACACCUUUAACAAGGAUGAAAUCACUUCCCAUAUGGAUAACCCAGACAGUGAAGUGGUGCUGUACUUGAUGCUGCGGGCUGUAGAUAGGUUUUAUAAGCAGCAUGGUAGAUACCCAGGUGUCUCCAACUACCAGGUAGAAGAUGACAUUGGAAAACUAAAGUCAUGCCUUACUGGUCUCUUACAAGAACAUGGCUUGUCUGUGGUGGUGAAAGAUGACUAUGUUCAUGAGUUUUGUCGCUACGGAGCUGCUGAGCCACAUUCUAUUGCUGCCUUCAUGGGAGGAGCUGCUGCACAGGAGGUUAUCAAAGUCAUUACAGGGCAAUUUGUCAUUUUUAAUAACACCUAUAUUUACAAUGGAAUGUCACAGACUUCAGCAACUUUCCAGCUGUAGGGUAAUGAUCUUGCAUUUGUU